UAAAAAAAAUUAAGAGAAAAAAUAAUCAGCCCUCUGCCCUUUCUCUCUCCAUUUCUUCUAAUUUUCUAAAAUCUUCUUCUACUAAAUUUUGAAAACUUAAAAACAUUUCUUUCCUCAUUCAAAACCCCUCUUUCUAGGGUUUCAAUUUCAUCAAUCGAUCUUCCAUCCUCUAUCUUUCAACCUCAUCAAUGGCGGACGAUUCCAUUGCACCGCCUUCACCUUCACCAUCAAUGACGGCAGCUACAACAGCUUCGUUAGGGCAUUCAGUGAUCCCGAUAAUAAACAAGCUACAAGAUAUCGCAGCACAGCUUGGUAGCAGUCCUGCCUUUGACUUGCCGCAAGUUGCUGUCGUUGGUAGCCAAAGUAGUGGUAAAUCGAGUGUUCUUGAGGCGCUUGUUGGCCGUGAUUUCUUACCGCGAGGGUGUGAUAUUUGUACUCGUCGUCCGCUUGUACUUCAGCUGUUGCAGAUUAAGAAAGGUGAUGAGGAGUGGGGAGAGUUCUUGCAUCUGCCUGGAAAAAAGUUUUUUGAUUUCAAUGAAAUUCGGAGAGAAAUUCAGGCUGAAACUGACAGAGAGGCCGGAGAGAACAAAGGAGUAUCUGACAAGCAGAUCCGUCUUAAAAUCUUUUCACCUAAUGUUCUAGAUAUUACCUUAGUAGAUCUCCCUGGGAUAACUAAAGUUCCAGUUGGUGAUCAGCCAUCCGAUAUUGAAGCACGUAUAAGAACCAUGAUAAUGUCCUACAUCAAAAUUCCAAGCUGCUUAAUAUUAGCAGUUACUCCUGCUAAUUCUGAUUUAGCAAAUUCAGAUGCUUUGCAGAUGGCUGGAAUUGCGGAUCCUGAUGGAUAUCGAACAAUUGGGGUCAUCACAAAGCUAGACAUUAUGGACAGAGGCACUGAUGCACGGAAUUUUUUGCUUGGGAAUGUUAUACCACUACGACUUGGUUAUGUGGGAGUUGUGAAUCGUUGUCAAGAGGACAUUUUGAAGAACAGAAGCAUAAAAGACGCACUUGUGGCCGAGGAGAAAUUCUUCCGUAGUCGUCCUGUGUAUAGUGAUAUUGCAGAUCGAUGUGGUGUUCCACAGUUGGCCAAAAAAUUGAAUCAGAUUCUGGUACAACACAUCAAGUCAGUUCUCCCUGGUUUGAAAUCACAAAUAAGUGUUCAACUUGUUUCUGUAGCUAAGGAGCAUGCCAGCUAUGGAGAAAUUGUAGAAUCUAAGGCUGGUAUGGGUAGUGUCAUCUUAAAUAUCCUAUCGAAGUACUCAGAAGCUUUUGCUUCUAUGAUUGAGGGGAAGAAUGAAGAGAUGUCAACAUCUGAGUUAUCUGGUGGUGCAAGAAUUCAUUACAUAUUCCAAUCAAUUUUUGUAAAGAGUUUAGAGGAGGUGGAUCCAUGCGAGGAUUUAAGUGACGAUGACAUUCGAACAGCUAUUCAGAAUGCAACUGGUCCUAAGUCUGCAUUAUUCGUUCCAGAGGUCCCAUUUGAAGUUCUCGUUAGAAGGCAAAUUAGUCGUUUAUUAGAACCAAGUCUUCAAUGUGCAAGGUUUAUAUAUGAUGAGCUGAUAAAGAUGAGCCAUUGCUGUCUAUUUAAUGACCUGCAACGCUUUCCUAUACUCAGAAAACGAAUGGAUGAAGUUAUCAAUAGCUUCCUUCGAGAUGGCCUUCAACCUGCUGAGGCAAUGAUUGCGCAUAUUAUUGACAUGGAGUUGGAUUAUAUAAAUACUUCACAUCCUAAUUUUCUUGGUGGAGCUAAAGCUGUAGAGGUUGCUUCUCAACAUAUCAAGUCUUCAAGAACCUCUGUGUCUAUCCCAAAGCUAAAGGAUGUUGGGGAUUCUGAUAAAGCACCUGCAUCUGAAAGGACCAUCAAAAUGCGAGGUAUUCUUCCUAGAAAUGCAAAUGGAGUUGUUGCGGAACAGAGCUCUCGAUCUGCAGUAGAUGGUGAUAAACCUGCUCAGUCUGGAGGUGCAACUAACUCUAGCUGGGGGAUUUCAUCUAUAUUUGGGGUUACUGACAGCCGUAGUUCUUCCAAGGAAACCUCCAUUCACAAGUCUAUUAGUGAGCCGAUUCACAACUUGGAGCAUUCCAUUUCAAUGAUACAUUUAAAGGAGCCACCAACAAUACUAAGGCCGACAGAGACUCGUACCGAGAACGAAGCAAUUGAAAUCGCUGUUACCAAAUUGUUGUUGAAAUCAUAUUAUGAUAUUGUCAGAAAGAAUGUGGAAGAUUCAGUGCCUAAGGCUAUUAUGCACUUCUUGGUAAACCAUACAAAGCGAGAGCUGCACAAUGUCUUUAUCAAAAAGCUUUAUAGGGAAAAUCUUUUUGAUGAGAUGUUGCAGGAACCUGAUGAGGUGGCAAUGAAAAGGAAGCAAACUCGUGAUAAAUUGCGCAUUCUCAACCAGGCUUUCCGGGUGCUUGAUGAAUUGCCACUUGAGGCCGAUACAAUUGAGAAGGGGUACAGUUUGGCAAGUGAUGCUGUUGGGUUGCCGAUGAUGAACGGCCUCCCAUCAUCCAUGUACUCAACACGCAGUUAUUCAAAUGAUUCAUAUUCUGCCUCUCCUAAAACCCACAAGUCCAGAAAAUCUUCUCACUCAGGUGAACUGCAAUCGCCAUUCUAUCCCAACGGUGAUUUAAACGUGGAUAGCAUGGCUCUUUAACUGGUCUGUAUCCAACAGUUCAUAUGUAACUGGUCAGCUGAUCCUACUCAUUCCUCAGGUUUAUUCCUUUCAAUUAGUUCAUCCAUAAUUUUUUAAAUCUUUGGUGAAGUCAAAUCCAUAAGAAACAGUGUGUCAGGAACCAUUCACACCAUCUCCUCUGCAGUCAGUGUUAUUCUAAGUUGCAAAAGGGUGCCGCGGUUUAUUUGCAGAUCCUUUUAAUAUUUGGUAGUAUAUAUCUUGCAUAAUUUUAAUCGGCCAAAAUAUCAGUCUGAACUUUGAACUGGUUUUUGGUGCAUGAAAUUUUUGGUCGAUAAUUAGCACGUAGAUCUAAUAGUUACCUAUAUAGUAGAGGAAUUGUGUUACCUCUAUUCAUUUUUGCCAUGCUCAAAUAACUUGGUUUCCAUUGGAAUACGUUAAUGGGAAAGUGACUUAUUUUUAUGGGAGUGUAUAUUUUAAAAGUCCUGUAAUGAAUACAAGUACAAUAUUGCAUUCAAAUUCAAAGGAAAAUUUUAUAGUGAUAA